AAGCAGCAGCACCGAGCCACGAACAACGCGGAUCUCUCUGGAAAAUAGAAAAAAAUAAUAAUAAUAAAUGAAAAGCUAAAAAUGGUAUUGUUACGCCAACCUAUUCCUCACUCUCUUCUUCACUUACUCCACUGCUCUUACCCUUUCUCUUCCAAGCUACCUUCUCUCAAGACUCGCUUAUCCUUCCCUGUCAAAGCAACUACUGUAAUGGCUUCCUCUGCUAAGAAGGUUUUGGUGCCGAUUGCCAAUGGAACGGAGCCGAUGGAGGCCGUGAUAACUAUCGAUGUACUAAGAAGAGCCGGCGCGGAUGUCAUCGUAGCUUCUGUCGAGAAGCAGCUACGAGUUGAAGCUGGUCACGGCGUCAGGAUCGUCGCCGAUGCUCUCAUUUCUGAUUGCUCCGGCGCCGUUUAUGAUCUCAUCACUCUCCCUGGGGGCCUGCCAGGUGCUACAAACCUUAAAAAUUCUGCUGCUUUGGAAAGCAUGGUGAAGAAACAGGCUGCAGAUGGGCGGCUUUAUGCAGCAGUUUGUGCUUCUCCUGCAGUGGCACUUGGCUCAUGGGGGCUGCUAAAGGGAUUGAAAGCAACUUGUUACCCAUCAUUUAUGGAGCAGCUGCAAUCUUGUGCAACAGCUGUCGAAUCACGAGUGCAGCAGGAUGGCAUAGUUGUCACAAGUCGUGGACCUGGCACUACCAUGGAGUUUGCUGUUGCACUAGUUGAGCAAUUGUAUGGGAAAGAAAAGGCGAAUGAAGUUUCUGGCCCUCUGGUGAUGCGUACCAACCAUGGGGAUGAAUAUAUCAUAAAGGAGCUAAAUCCAGUGAAGUGGACAUUUGACAAUAUUCCUCAGAUUCUUGUGCCUAUUGCUAAUGGUACAGAGGAAAUGGAAGCUAUUAUGAUCAUUGAUAUUCUACGACGAGCUAAAGCAAAUGUUGUGGUGGCCUCUGUUGAGGACAAGCUGGAAAUUUUGGCUUCUCGUAAAGUUAAACUGGAGGCAGAUAUGCUCCUUGAUGAGGCUGCUAAGCUUUCUUAUGACCUAAUUGUCUUACCAGGUGGGUUGGGUGGUGCCCAAAAAUUUGCAGUCUCUGAAAAACUGGUAGAUACGCUAAAGAAGCAGAGGGAAUCAAAUAGACCAUAUGGGGCAAUAUGUGCAUCUCCAGCUUUAGUAUUGGAGCCUCAUGGCUUGCUCAAGGGUAAAAAAGCCACAGCUUUUCCUGCGAUGUGUGACAAGCUGUCAGAUAAGAGUGAAACCGAAAACAGGGUUGUGGUUGAUGGCAACCUCAUAACUAGUAGAGGGCCUGGAACUUCAAUGGAGUUUGCCUUGGCAAUAGUGGAGAAGCUGUUUGGACGCCCGAAAGCACUGGAGCUUGCAAAGACGAUGCUUUUUACACACCCAUAGAGCUUGUAUCUGUGUGCCCUCUCGUGUUAUGUGGAACAUAUUAAUGCUAUAGAGAGAAACAUGAGAGAACUGAACUCGAAUUCGAUAUGAAUUCAGGUUGCGGUUGUAUUGUGUAUAACUUUGUGUUCAUAUAUAAAUGAGUUUUGAAGACUGCAAAA